CUACAGCGUUCGGCAGCUGAGCGCGCACUACGGUAGUCUUUUGUUUUUUAUUUUGUCUUGUUCUCACAGAUGGAGUGCUGCCUUCCAGCACAUGGCCUCUACGUCAUUAGCAUUCACUUGUUCAUUUUCCAUCUUCACAAUUUCAUCAUCUCCUCCAGCCUUCGAAGGGUGCAAUGGCAAGCAUGAAUUUGUCUGCAACUUCGAAGAUUGCCCGCCGUGUUACUGAGGGGGCUUUUUGCUUUGUAAAGCAAGGCCAAGCCAUGUAAGGAUUGAGAACAAGUGGCAUCCUUCAUUUCAUCAUUCUAAAUUCUGUUUGCGGCCUUUAAGUGCAGUUGCUUCAGAAGAGACUUCGCAAAACAUUCCACAAUCUCCCACUGCUGCUCAGAAUGCUGAUGGACUGAAGUUGAAAGAAGAGGUUGAAAAACUAAAUAAAGAUAUUGCAAGUCUUGAAGAGAAGCGACAAGAUUUAGAUGAUAAAUACAAACGAGCACUAGCAGAAGGAGAGAAUAUGCGGAGGAGAUUGAUGAAACAAAUUGACGAUGCUAAAUUGUAUGGUAUACAAGGCUUUUGCAAAGAUCUUCUGGAGGUAUCAGAUAUUUUAGGAACAGCUACUGAAAGUGUACCUAAACAAGAAGUCACAGAUUCCAACCCUCAUUUGAAAAAUCUUUAUGAAGGUCUCACCAUGACUGAAGCACAAUUACAAAAGGUGUUCAAAAGACAUGGUCUGGUUCCUGUGAAUCCAUUGAACGAGAAGUUUGAUCCUAAUUUCCAUGAAGCUUUAUUUCAACAGGAAACUGCUGACAAAGAACCUGGAACUGUGAUUGUGGUUUCUAAAAUAGGAUACAAACUGCAUGAUCGAGUAAUACGGCCAGCUUUAGUAGGUGUCUCCAAAGGCUCGUAAUAUUAUGAAGAUUAGAAAUGUAGUGAAUGUUGUAAAUAUAUUUUCUUAUAUUGUUUAGUUAUGAUUUUUCAAAUUUGGUUAAAAUAUAUUUGGAAUGACUGUCUACAAUGAAAUAACUUUUUAUGUUGCUUUGUAUAAUAGCUGUUGCAAGUGCUAUAUACAAGAUUGUAUGCCCCCCUUAUUUUGAAUAUUAAUGAUUAUUUAGACUCAGUGUGUUUUAUCUUGCCAUUUUAUGAAGUAUUCAUGAAAAAAGAAAUUUGUGUAAUGACAUGCAAUGGCAACUGAUUACUAAAAUAAAUGCUGUUUCUUUUAUUAGUAUGUGAAUUAUCGUCACUCGAUUCCUGCUAACCCAAUUACAAAAUAAGGCCAUGACAAUUGCUGCCAAUAUAUCUUUAUGACAAAAA